GCUGGUACAAUAGGCCAGAAGUGACCGCAGUACAAGGGACUUAGUCCCACCCCACUAGCAAUAAAAAAAAAGUGUGUGUUGUCUCUGAAGCAGUGAGUUUUUAGGAUUCCAUAGCACUGAAGAUUUAUAUUGUGAUCAUGUGGGUCAGGACACGAUGUCGCUGUACAUAUGGGUGUUAGCUGGAAGCUGCAGUCAAUUAUGUUACUCUUGUAGGACUACAUGAUUCCCCAACCCACAAGAUCACAACACAGUGGGGUAUGCUGUUUAUAGGCGGGAGUAACUGUGACUUUCUUAGAUCACAUGUUACAGGUAGUAAUGACACCAUCCUCUAUGAGGUUGGCUGAACUACGGCUGUGUCUUUGGUGGGGACGCAUCAUGGACCAGGGAUGCGUUGGGACACAGCCUUGGGACACCUCCUCGUGGUCCCGCUGGGCAACGACAGUCUUGGGGUCUGGAUUACUAUGACCAACCGGGACUGGCGGCCAAGUUCCCAUAAAGGGCAAUGGCAUUAUGGCCGGAGCCUCCCACGCGGCGGCAUAAUGACUCUUGGGUAUCACUACGGUCUACCCAAGAUGAAUGCGGGAGACCACUCCUAUGGGGGUAGCUUCGGCUAUUUGAGUUGUCUCCCUAGAGUACCGAUAAGGUGCCGCAAGCCUUCGGGCUCAACACUCUAAAACGGUCUGACCAACCCAUGUGGAGGGGGGGAAUGGGGGAGCUCAUAAGCCACCCCCAGGGGCGACUCUCAUGUAGGUUGCCCUGGUCGCAACCUCAUGACUAGCUGGUGUUGCACUCCCAUCAAUCAUCUGGGAUACCCCUCUCCCCCUGAACAGGCACUCUUGGUCCUGGAGGCUUGUGAGGGUUUCAUUCACAAAAGGACCCAACCACCUAAGCCUAGGUGUGAGGCAUCGUGCUGAGGGCUGCGUGGCACUGGGGUGGUUAUUAGCCAGUGUCGUGAACGAUCCCCUCGGGGCACCAGGCAGCACCCCGUUGUAUUCAUGCCUUCCACCCGUAUGGGGCACUGCGGGUGGUGACCUUCUAUAUCCCCAUGACUCGUGGGACCAAAAUGAAAGGUACCAAAAUAAAAACCGGUCGUAUGGACCUUAAACAGAAGUGUGACUCCCCUCCAGGGGGAUCCCUACAAGAAAUACUUCAGCAGGGAGCCAGAAGCUCUGGUGCACCGUUAAGGUGCACAGUUGCAACCAGCGAACCUGCUGUUGAAAUUUCAGCCAAAGGCAGGGAUGAACCACUGGUUCAAAACCUGCCCGAGGCAAAACCAGAAACCACUCCCUUGGGAGUCAGUAGUACUGACAUACCACUGCAGGGAGCUAGUACAUCUAGCAUACCUACAGUAGGAGAAGGUCUGGGACCCCAAGUCCCUGUAGUAAGUGGAUUCCGUCUGGUGAAGAAGCUGUCCGGAUGCGCCAAACGGAAACUUAAAAAGGCAAGAGCUAGGGCAAGCGAAGCAGGAACUGGGGGCAUUCAGCAACCAGGAAACUCUGGUGCACCGUUAAGGGGCCUGGUUGCAUCCAGCAAACCUGCUGUUGAAAUUUCAGCCAAAGGCAGGGAUGAACCAGUGGUUCAAAACCUGCCCGAGGCAAAACCAGAAACCACUCCCUUGGGAGUCAGUAGUACUGACAUACCACUGCAGGGAGCUAGUACAUCUAGCAUACCUACAGUAGGAGAAGGUCUGGGACCCCAAGUCCCUGUAGUAAGUGGAUUCCGUCUGGUGAAGAAGCUGUCCGGAUGCGCCAGACGGAAACGCAAAAUGGCAAGAGCUAGGCCAAGCGAAGCUGGAACUGGGGGCAUUCAGCAACCAGGAAUUGCAGCCUCGCCCAAGCAGGGAGAAACCCCUACCGGGACCUUUAAGAGGCCAAGGUCAGAGGAGAGAACCCCAACAGAAAUGGCCAGAGCUCUGAAAAGGUCCAGGGACGCUAAGGGACCAGAGACCUACAAUGAGACUGUGACCAACAUAAAGGUAGCUAUCUUCAGGGAAACAUAUCCUGAAGAUAAGCUAACAGAAGGUGACCAGAACUCCAUUCUGGAUGUACUGGGAGGGGUGUUACGUAGGACUCCAUCCAGAGAACUACCACACCUGAAGUCCCACAGGCUGGAGGGAGGUGCACUUAUUUAUAUAUGCGCCGACCAGCAGUCUGGUCAGUGGCUUAUCAAAGCCAUUGACAAUUACAGGCUGGAGUCAGGGGCCAGGCUGAAGGCUACUGAUGCCAUAAAACUACCCAAACCAGUUAAAGUGGCUAUCAAGACUUGGGACAAAGUUGCCCAGAAUCAGGAAGAGUUACUGAAUUGGAUUGCACAUCUUAAUCCAGGACUCCAUACUGAGCGCUGGAGAGUACUUGAUACGCAAUCUGAGCCAAAAGGCCAGAGGCUUAUCUUACUUAUAGACCGGGACUCGUAUACCACUAUACAGAGGACCGGAUAUAAGUUAUUUACAGGGCUCUCACAGUCUACUGUUAAAGUGCUGAAAGACCCUGAGGCUCACCAACAGGAAACUGUGAUAGACACAGCAUCUUCAGAAUCGGGCUCUGAGGGGGAGGGGGAUGGUGUACCCACUCCUUCAGACCAAAGUAGAGCAGAUCAGGGGACCCCUUCAAAUGGAACCCAGUCUGAGACCAGGACAGAACAGUAAUCACACACACACAGAGACACACAUAUAAACUUAAACACACACAUACACAUAAACAUACACAUACACAGUACACACACAUAACAUGAAAUUCCUUCAAAUUACACUAAACCACAGCAAAGCAGCCAUGCUAUAUGCCAGCAGCUAGCUGAGGGAAAGGCAGAUGUAGCACUUAUUAAGGAACCUUGGUAAUACAAGGGUCAAAUAAGAGGUUUAACCUUUAACGGAGGAAUGUUGUAUAUAUAUGAGGCAGGACACUGCUCCCUUUGGGAGUGCUGACAGUUUGAUCUUGGGUUUGAAACCAAAGAAACUCCCCUCCCCCAAGAUGAUUCUUCAAUCGCACAAGGCUAAUAACACGGUCAGUGGCGUUUCUCAGGCGAGGCCAAGGUUAUCUGGGGCCCAGCUGAGCCGACUGGAGCCGACACAUUCACAACACUGGCCAACCAAAGGGAAACAAAGACGUCGUGUGUGUUCGCUAAAUAAGAAAAGCAGGAACACCAUCAGGAAUGGAACAGCGGUGAUGAUAACAUACACAUAUCGAGGAGGUUGCAUGGAGCUGACUGUUUCUUCAGUCUACCUUCCAUGUGACUGAGAUGAACCACCACCAACCAAGGAAAUUAGGGACAUCAACAGCUAACUUGUUGCUUCAGACUAUCCUGCUUAUAAAAUCUCGGAUGCUGAGGUCUCUUCUCUCUGUACAUGGAGCAAAUCCAGAGAUGAUAACAGUCUUUAUUGAUGGCUACUUUGAGGAACCGCUUGAGGUGACAAAACUCUUUGGACUGCGAGGAAUUCAGCACACCAAUUGGAGUUAAGAAUGCCAGAAUAUCAAGAUAUGGGAGUGGGAUAUGUGGAUGCGGCUACCUGAGGUUCAGAAGGGCAGAGAGUGUGUGAUUCCAGACGUGUCUCAGACGUACCAUUUCGGUGCUUCAGGUCUGAACAUGAAUUCCUACUUCCAAGACGUCUACUUCAAGAAACAUUCUUUCAAUACCUUGCCGUAUGUGAAGCUUAAACAUGUUGACAGCAUAAACAAGAGCAAUUGUGAAGAGUUAAUUGUGGACAUGUUCAAGAGAAGUCUUGUUUUGGAUCACAGCAAAUCACAAUGUGAGGAGAACUUCAUACCAGGCAAAAAGGGUGAAAUCAUAAUAAUGUUCAUCAAAAUGGAAGGACCAAAAGACUUUGUAACGUGGCUGCAAGUAGCCAAGUGCUUCAAGAUCUGGGACCCUGAUGUUCGAGGUUAUCACAAGAGUAUGUGGAGACUGCACAUGAAGGGCAGUGAAAUGCUUGUCAUUGGAGUGCCAAACUCAGAGUAUUCAUAACACAGUUGGAACCUGAAUCCUGUUAUUGGAGAUCUCACUUUCUUCAUAAGGUUGCCUACCCAAGAAAAUUCAAACCAUCAAAAGUAGCUCCAAUUUAUUUGGAGCCUCAUCAAGAGAAGAAUAAUGUCAGAUAGCAGAAGGUAACGGCAUUUAGAAGAUUCUUGGAUCCCACAUUGCCGUGAAGAUGAGCCAUCUGUGACACAGAGAUCUUAAUUUGAAGAUAGGACAUUAUUUUACGGCUUUACCAUCUUGCCUGUGCCAAUUCGUUAUGAGAAACUGUAAAGAACUGUUCUUCUUAAGAUGCCAAAACUGUGUGCUGAUUUCUGCUCUCCGUGAUGUUUGACAAUAAAAGGGGUGUGUACAUUGUGACUGUACCAGAAUGAAAAUAUUGUAGAUCCAUAGAAAGAAGCAGGUAUACCAUCUGAGUUGGAGUUACAGAUUUACAAGUACAGUAAAUUCCUGUUUGUCUGGUAUCCAGGCAUCCAGGAUUUUCAUUCAGCUGGCAAAAGUUUCCAAGAAAAUUAUAAAGUCAUUAAAAAAAU